UUCACAUCCAUUUCCCCACACACAUAUACACCUAUUGUGUGCUCCUACCGCUGUUAUGCUAAUAUCCAUAAUGUCUCCACUGGUGAUGUUCAUCCUCCCGGUCAUAGUUCCAGGUCUACAUGCGCUGCCUACAGGACAGAAAUACAAGGUUGUCAUUCCACAGCAAAUCCAUGCACUGUACAAAAGUGAUACUCAGGACCAAUAUCCACAUGUGGUUAAGUAUGAAUUACAGAUUGAAGACAAACCUCUGGUUAUACACCUGGAGAGGAAUGAGGAACUGGUAGCUGAUAAUUAUAUGGAGACAAGCUAUGAUCAGGAUGACAGACCGAUAAUGAUAAGCCCUCAGGGGAACAUAAAGGAUCACUGUCACUAUCAAGGCUAUGUUGAAAAUGACAACCAAUCAAUGGUCAGCAUCAGCACCUGCUCUGGGUUAAGUGGGCUCAUCCUGACACAAGGCCGGAGAUAUUUAAUUGAACCACAGAACCUGGCAGAGGGAAUGCAUGUUGUAUAUGAGGAAGAAGAAGAAGAAGAAAACCCCAAAGCCUGUGCAGUGACAGAUGGACAUUGGGAGGGAUCAGUGUUGGCUCAGGAGGUGUUACCUACUCCUACUAAGGUGAGAUAAUGAGAAAUACUAAGAGGAGACACUAGAGAUUGUUUAUAGAACAAGAGCAACUCCAUGUUGUACUCAUGUCAUUCCACACUGGCCAAUAC